AUGGCUGCUUUUAAAUCAUUCUGGUCGGAUUCAAUGCCCCGCACGCGGCUCCUCCUUCUCCUCCUCCUGUCUCUCCUCUUCCCCCCCUCAACCCUCUCUGCACGCCACCUCUUUCCCCAAGCCACCAGCGAAGUUCUUCCGCAAGCCAACACCGCCCUUCCGCAAGCUGCCGACACCGCGCGUCCACAAGCCGGCGCCACACUUCCGCAAGCCGCCAAGGUUCUCCCCCAAGCAACCGAGGUGGACGCCGUGCGCAGGUUCCUCUUAGCGGCGGGCGUCACCAACCCCGUUCCGGGCGCUCCCGCGACCGCAUGCAGCGUGACCGGCAUCGGCUGCGACGCCAACGACUUCGUCACGUCGCUCAACUUCUCGCCGUGCUCCGCUGUGGCGCCCUACCCGACUCUCCUCAGCGGCUCAAUUUCUACCGACAUACGGAGCCUCGUGCAUCUCACUCAUGUCGACUUCUCGUGCAACAAUCUGGGGGGGUCCCUGCCGACAGUUCUCGGGAUGCUGGCGGAUCUGCGGCACGUGAACAUGAGCGGGAAUAGGCAACUUUGGGGGAGCAUUCCCACCUCGAUUUUUGCACUGGAGUCGCUAUCGGUGAUGGAUUUUCGCGGGGCGGAUUUGCAAGGCACUCUUCCGUCCGGGUCGAACGCGUUUUCAACGGCGCUUAGGCACCUGGACCUGUCAUACAACCGGCUGUACAAUCCAAUUCCGUCAGCGCUUUCUCGUGCGACGCGCCUGGAGCGCUUGGAUUUAAGCUUCAACAAUCUCAACGGCUACAUACCGAAGCAGCUGAGUAACCUCAACCGGCUCACUUAUCUUAAUCUGCGCUGGAACAGGCUCACGGGAAGUAUUCCCACGGAAAUAUCCGGAGCAAGACGGCUGGAACGGCUGCACUUGGAGGGAAAUAGGCUGACGGGAAAGCUUCCCUAUCAAUUGAACCAGCUUCCGUAUCUGGAGCACCUGGGCUUGAGUUAUAACUACUUGUCUGGUGGUGUCCACGCUGCGAUUUUUCGUUUGCCUGCUCUGCGGAGGUUGGAUCUUCGUCGCAACUGGUUGAACGGGACGAUUCCGAGCUCGAAAUCGGGUUACCAGAUAGACACGCUCGAGCAUCUUGACCUCGCGAAGAAUCGGUUUGACGGAAACCUGCCUGCUGCGCUUGGCGUUGUCACUGCGCUCACCCAUCUCGAUUUGAGCGAAAACAAGUUCUACGGUAACAUUCCGUCACAGUUGGGCAAUUUGACUGGCCUCCAGUUCCUGAAUCUCGCACGGAACCAGCUGAGUGGUUCGCUUCCAGGGUAUUUCAGUCACCUUCGCAGGCUUCGCUCGCUUUCCGUCGCACACAACAGACUCACUGGAGUGACUUCCAACUUUCAAAACAACGGAGACGAGUCGCCGCGAGUCGUUCUGGAUUUGAGUUACAACCAGAUUGGUGGAAGUCUGGUGCCCUUCCAGCAUCUGGCGAGGGUUGCAAAUCUCGACCUUUCGCACAACCGACUGACGGGGAGCAUACCUGUCGGGUUUCUGACUGGAUCGACGGUUCUCAAGCGAGUCAACAUCAGUUCGAACUACAUCAACAGCACUCUGUUUCCGUUGACCAGCCUGACGAACCUCGUUUCCCUGGAUGCGUCGCACAACCGACUGCGCGGCUCAAUUCCUUCGGCGCUGGUAUCGCUGGCUCAGCUUUCGCUCCUCGAUUUGCACGACAACGACAUCGUAGACCAUAUUGCUGACGCCACAUUCGAGAACUCCGCUUUACGCUACCUCGACAUCAGCUACAACGAGAUCGACAGCACCAUCCCAGCUUCCAUAUCCUCCUGUAGUUCUUCUCUGGUCAAACUCGACCUCGCUAAUAACCGCAUCGGCGGAACACUCCCAGGUGCAGCCCUUGCUGACCUUUCCUACCUCAGCUACUUGAACCUUCCUAGAAACCGCUUCACGGGCAGCAUACCUGAAGAAUUAACUGGGCUGCGUGCCCUGACCUCACUCAAUCUGGCCUGGAAUCGGCUCACGGGAAGCAUUCCGGAAGCGUUGGGAGAUGCUGCUAAUGGUGGUGCGAAACUCGAGAUACUUCGACUGGCGGGUAACGAUUUGGAGGGAACUGUUCCGCAGCAGCUUUCGGAAUUUCCGGUGUGGUCGUUUCUGCCAGGAAAUCAGAACUUGUGUGGUCAUCCUGUGGGCAGCUGCUGA